AUCAUCAUCUCAAAGAGGAUAAAUCUAAUUUGCCCAGGCUAAAAAGCGGUGUCAGAGCUGUGCUCGCCUCUUUUGUCUCGUAUCAUCUCUUAUCAUCUCUUUACAUCUCCACCCUAGUUCAGUAAUGUUCGAAGCUUUACAGGAGUUUUCCCCUAGCGUUCGGGCUUGACUUUUAGCCGUCAACAAGCUGUGGUGUUCUUCCAUUUAGAUCCCCCUUUCCCUCAGAGUGUUUCCCUCUAUUGAUCAUCGUUAGUAAAUCGCAAAAUGUCUAAAAUCGAAAGGUUGAACGCACGGGUGUCGAGGCUGUUGACUGCCGCAGUGGAAGAGGUUCUGGAGGUGGUAAAGGACACCGUGUCGGAGUACCAGGAGAAGACAGCAAGGACGCAGAGGGAGAACGACAUACUUCAGAGAAAACUGCAGGAGCUGCAGCAGAGGUUCGAACGAGAAUUGGCAAGAGACUCGAGAACAAAUUCUUCGACUCAGACGAGCCAAUCAGUCAGCGGCGACCCGCGAAGACCACCUGAGACAUCAUGCAAGACGGAACCGAGGGUGCAGUCCAGAACAACGCAGAGCGCAGAUCAGCCGAACAGCCGCCUUUCACCUCUGGGAGACUCUAACGUAGAGUACGCCGUCAGCGCAGAACUGUGCAUGUUCACCAACGGCACUGACACGGAGGAAUCUCUGUCCGGCGUGGCCUCGGAGGCGGACACGGAGCGCAACACCACAGGGCACAACACGACUCCUCCUCAUUCGCCGUCGCCGACUGCCGUCAGCCAGGACGGCUUGGGACACCUUGGGGACAUGAUGGUUUCCCCCAGUAAGCUUAAGGACCACCUUCACCACCACCACCACCACCACCGUCAUCGUCACCACCAACCGGACACGUCGUCCCCUCAGCUCGACAUGGCCACGCCAAUUGACAUCAGCAUCGUCAAAGUGGAACAGGACCUGGUCUCCCUGGACUACUCCCCCUCCGGUCAGCAGGGGGCGGCAUCACUGUCCCAGGGCCAGCUGUUUAACCACCACCACAACAACCAGGACGAGUCUGGUAUGGGUACCGACUCGGAAUCGGACUCCCUGAUGGACCCUCAUGUGAGGCAGCAGCUGCAGCAGCAGAGUGACUCCCUGGGUAGUGACCCGGACUCCCCCAUGCGAGGCCGUCUACAGCAGGUCAAACAGGAGCAUGGUGACCCCCACGUCCACUCGGAGUCCCCCAUAGAGCCGUGCUCUCUGCAGCAGCAGGGCGUUAAGCAGGAGCAGACUGAUCCCCAGCUGGAGGAGAUGCAUCAUCAGACGGCCUCAGUGGAAUUAAGCUUACCAGAUGGGGCCAAUGCCUUUGCGGGGUCGCUCCCCUUCGACAGGGCUCAUACUUUGGCUACGUGGGUCCAUGAGCGGGCUCAGCCUUACCACCAGAACCAGCAGCAUCCACAUCCUCAGCAUCAUCCACAACAUCCUCAGCUUCACUAUCCUCCAGGUAGAGAAGUAGAAAGGGAGGAGGAUCAGCCACAGGCUCAACAGCGCGAGCUCCGCUGCAAGCUGUGCAACCAGACCUUCUGCCGCCCGGGCGACCUGCGCGUCCACCUGCAGUGCCACAAGCGUCCGCACCCCUGCAGCCACUGCGGACGGCGCUUCAGCCACGCCGGCUAUCUGGAGGCCCACAUGCACACGCACGUCCACGCCGCACGCCAGCACCCCUACGCUUGGCAGCCGGGUGGCAAGACGAAGAACGCCAGAUGAAGGCAAAUGGUAAAAUGGUAAAUGGACUGCAUUUAUAUAGCGCCUUUCCACUCCUUCAAGCACUCAAAUGUGUCCAUGCAGAGUACCACCCGGGUUAAGUAUCUUGCCCAAGGACGCAUCACUGGGGGUCAGGCAGACCGGGGCUCGAACGUGCAACCUUCUGGUUGCUGAACAGGCUCCUCUACCACCUGCGCUACCACUAGCGGUGCAUCAGCCUGACUCUUUUUUUUUUUUGCCUACUUUAAUACUAGUCUGACUCUGCCUGUGGUUCCGCACAGCUUCGUGACCUCCACUCACGAUAUCUGGGAGAACGCAUGUUGGAUUCGUUUUCGGAAAGGCAUGGUUUCAUCCACCAACAAAUUCGUUCAAAACCGUUCUCGGUAUGGGAUUCGAGUCUAUGAUACAAUUUUAGCAUGACUCCUUGAUGCGAGCUGCCAUCGCUGUUCAAACAACAAUCGCGUUGGCAAAGUGCCAGGCCGGAGAACAUUCAGAAUCCUACAGGACCAGACGUGUGUGUGUGUGUGUGUGUGUGUGUGUGUGUGUGUGUGUGUGUGUGUGUGUGUGUGUGUGUGUGUGUGUGUGUGUGUGUGUCACGUGAAACUCACAACCGUGGAGCUACUGUGGCACAUGGCAGUGAGGCGGCAAGACGAAAAGCUCCAGAUAAGAGGAGGAAGCUGAUGAGUGUGAUGCUUGUUUUUUUUAAUUAUUAUUAUUGUAGUUCACGUAGUACAGAGGUGUCAAAAGUUACAUUACAUUUCUGGUGUAAGUACAGCACAUGAUAAUACAUAGCUGUUACACGUUUUACUCAAUUGUAUCGAAUGAGGUAGAUAGAGAUGAGAGACUGUGUUACCAAAAAUGUUUUUCACAAGAAUCCACCACAAUUUUGAUCCAACUACCACAGCUUCUCAGCUGAUUGUAAGACAACUACACAGGUCUACUCAUUACUCAGAUAAGUUAGCUGUGUGGGAAGGAAACUGUUUCUUUUGAAACUUUUUGACUUUUUUGACACCUCUCUGUUCACGUUUGACUAUCCCCUAAAAUCAAUAGGAUGAGUCAAUAGGCUCCUUGCUAUAAAUGGUGGUCUAAAACUCUGAGGCACAUGGAUUUAAGUUAAAAAAAAAGGUUAAAAAUGUAUUAUGAGAGAACGCGUGUGUGUUUCCAUCAAAAUGGAAACACGACGCACGUACACACACACACCAAACAAAGCAAAGCGGGCUACUCUACAUUACACAAAAUAGUGUGUGAUGCUUGCUUUUCACCUUUCACAAAUUGACAGAUGUAUCUAUUGGUUCAAACGUUACGCUGUUUGCACCCUCACCCCCCACCCCCAACAGCUGGAAUGAAGUGUUGGGUUGGAGGCGCACUUUCAUGGUUUGUAGCAAUUACAGAAAUGAAUGUUAUGUAAUUUUGUAAUAAAGUCUUUGUGGUCCUGCUGA